AGAGCACAAGGUUCACUGGCCAGUUGUCGCCGUGAUUCACUCUUGUCCGGACAAGGAAGGGUGUGUGAUUUUUGCUUAAAUUUAGUUCGGCAGUCAUUUCCAGUUUUGUCAUACAAGUUGCCGAGCACUUUCUUCAGUGAUGGAUUAUGCUCUGAAGUCUCUCAACCUCCUGACUCAGUCUUCCUUAAAGUGUGUGUCAGCUAGUGCAUCCGUAACCCAGCAGCUUCUAUCAAGACAAGUAUCUCGGCCAAAACCUUUUCGAGUGACUAAUGCCGAUCGUAGUUUGAAGAAGGGCAUCAUGGCGGAUGCGUUAGAAGACCUGAUGAACAAGGUGAGCGACUCACUAAAUGUGCUGUGUGCCAGUAGCCUGGUCCUGGAUGAAGAUGGCACAGGUGUGGACACCGAGGAUUUCUUCACAACACUGCCUGACAACACUGUUCUCAUGGUGCUGGAGAAAGGAGAGAAGUGGACCCCAUCACAGAACGGCCUCUCGAGAGACCAGCUCAGUAAACGCAGGCCACAGCAACGGACAGAUGUGGCCAAGGUGACCUUUGACCUGUACAAGAACAACCCCAGUGAUUUCAUCGGCUGCUUGAAUGUCAAAGCAACACUGUACGGUGUUUACUCCUUGUCUUAUGAAGUGCGCUGUUAUGAGGCCAAGAGGAUGUUGAAGGAGGCUUUGCGAUGGACAGUCUUCUCCAUGCAGGCGACUGGCCACAUCCUGCUAAGCUCCUCCUGGUACAUGGAGCAGCUAAUGGAACGGGAGGAGGAGGAGGAGGAGGACGAGGAUGACGACGAGCACGAGCAAGUAGAGGACCGACCAGAGAAGGCCCUGUUGCUCCAUCGGGAAAGCCGUAUCUCCUGUGUGGGGAAAAGCGGAGCUCGGUCAAGUCGGCGUAAUUGGCAACAGGUUCAGCUGUCUCUCCACCCUGCUUGCCUAAUUGUCCCCUGGCUGCUUCUGCCCUGUCAGCUGCAGCUGGCUGGAGGAAGAAAGAAAAGACAGUUGAGGGCUGGAGGAAGGAAAUCUUACUGAAUGUGUUGAAGUGCAAAAGGCUGGAUGGAUCUUUGACAAAUUGCCUGCAAGGUCGGCUGCAUGAAAAGUCACACAUCCUCCUUGUGUGAUCUAGUGUAUUUUAGUCCUGUCCUAUGCAACAGAACUCAAAUCUCUUGUAUAUUGCGAUUAUGUUGAAGUAAAGAUACCAAUAAAAUGAGAAUCGAUCAAACA